CUCACUCUCACUCACACACAGUGAGCGACCGACCGAGCAAACAGGCGAGACGGUUCCUGCGCCUCUUUUUUUGGAGGUCAACGACGAGUAUGAACUCCAGCAGUAUCUACGCCAGCCGUAAGCGGCGAAAGCCAGUUCAGAAAAGUGCAAAAUCCCUGGCAUCUGAAGGAGCAAAGUCGAAUCCAUCCAAAAGACAUCGGGACCGAUUGAAUGCAGAGUUAGAACGUCUAGCCAACCUCCUGCCUUUCCCACAGGAUAUUGUAUCCAGAUUGGACAAACUAUCAGUUCUCCGUCUCAGUGUCAGUUACCUCAGAGCUAAAAGUUUCUUUAAUGUUACUUUGAAAUCGAAUGGGAAUGGUAUCCAUGAAAACGGCAUAGCACCUCAACCAAGAUACCAUCUCCAAGAGGGAGAAGUUCUGCUACAAGCUCUCAGAGGAUUUGUGCUAGUGAUUACAGCUGAAGGUUUAGUUUUCUACACAUCAUCCACCAUUCAGGACUAUCUAGGAUUUCACCAGUCUGAUAUCAUCCAUCAGAGUGUAUUUGAACUGAUCCAUACUGAAGAUAGACCUGAAUUUCAACGGCAGCUUCACUGGGCUCUGACCCCAGAUUCAGACGAACUGGGAAAAGUGGUUCAAGGUGAUAAUGGCCUUCCAUUGUCCAUCACCCAUUACAGUCCUGAGCAACUUCCCCCAGAAAAUUCCCCUUUUUUGGAAAGGAACUUUGUGUGCAGGUUACGAUGUCUCUUGGAUAAUUCCUCUGGAUUUCUGGCCAUGAAUUUCCAAGGCAGACUCAAGCUUCUUUAUGAACAGAACAUGAAGGGAAAGGAUGGCUCAUUUAUUCCUCCACAGUUGGCUUUGUUUGCAAUAGCAACACCACUGCAACCUCCGUCCAUUCUGGAGAUCCGAACCAAAAAUUUUAUUUUCAGAACCAAACACAAAUUAGACUUCACCCCAAUGGGCUGCGAUGCUAAAGGGAAGAUUGUCCUGGGUUACACAGAGGCUGAAUUAUGUAUGCGAGGAAGCGGCUAUCAGUUUAUUCAUGCAGCUGACAUGAUGUACUGCGCAGAAAACCAUGUCCGAAUGAUGAAGACUGGCGAAAGUGGAAUGACUGUUUUCAGACUUUUGACCAAAGAGAAUGGGUGGACUUGGGUGCAAGCAAAUGCACGACUUGGAUACAGCAAUGGGAAGCCAGAUUAUAUUAUAGCCACACAAAGGCCUCUCACGAAGGAGGAAGGGGAAGAGCAUUUGCAAAAACGAACUUUGCAGUUACCUUUUAAUUUUGCAACAGGCGAGGCAUUGCUAUAUGAAGGAAAUUGUGUAAUGCUUGGAUUAUUGGAUCCUAAAAUUAAUCAAAUUAAACACACAGUUGUGGCAGAACCAACGAAGCAGCAGGAAUCACUGGAUCCAAACUCCAUUCUUGGUGCCAUGUUAAGACAAGAUAGAUCAGUAUAUAUAUCUGAACCUUCACAGCAUCAAACAUUUGAAAAGGUCUUUUUUAACGAGAGCAAAGAUACGGAAUUAAGUAAUGUCUAUCCAUAUAAUUGGGAAGAACUUAUGUUCAAUGAAGACAACAGUAUUAGGAAGAUUGAUUGUGUUCAGAAGCAAAAGCCUUUUCCUGCUCCUGAAAAAAAUGUAGACUUUUUGGAAAAUAGCAUUGGCAGUGAGCUUUAUAAUACAAUGAAAAAUCUUGAUAUAGAACUAGAGGACUUUGAUCUCAUAAGCCAGGAUGAGACAUUCCUGAAGGUUCAGUGGGAUGAUGCUGGAGAUAUAAAUAACAUUGCAUUGAAUGAUGAAAUUCUAAAUUAUGUUCAAGAAUCGCUAAAGAAGAGGUCGGACUGCAUGUAUUCAAGCUGUAUGCAGGAGAAACCACUGAACUCAAACUCAAAUUGCAUGACGCAACAACAACCUACAACACAACGCUUGCAACAGCAACAACUUACAACGCAUAGCUUUCAGCAGCAACAGUUUCUGCCACAAUUGCAGCAACAGCAGCAACUUCAAGUGCAGCCCUUACAGCAACUUCCAGUGGACCCCGUACAGCAAUUUCCAGAGCAAAGCUUUGAGCAAAAGCAUCAGCUGCCUCCAGUGCAGCUGUUGCAGCAACAACAGCAUCAGCUGCCACCCGUGCAGCGAUCACAGCAACAGCUGCCUUCAAUGCCAUGUUCACAACAGCAGCAGCUGCCCUCAGUGCAGCAUUUACAGCAGCAGCAGCUUCCUCCAAUACAGCACUUGCAACAGCAACCUCCAGUGCAGCAUUUGCAGCAACAGCAGCAGCUUCCUCCAUUGCAGAAUUUGCAGCAACAGCAGCACCUGCCUCCAGUGCAACACUUGCAGCAGCAGCAGCAACAACUUGCAACACACUUGUUGCAGCAACAACAUCCAAUCCAACAUUACCGACAGCAGCCACUUCCAUCGCAACAUUUCCAGCAAAAGCAGCACCAAUCUCGAAUGCAACAUUAUCGGCAACAGCAGCAGCUGUGCCAGAAAAUGAAGCUCAUGAAAGUCAACGGACUGUUCAGAAACUGGAACUCCGGCAGUGAAAGUCUUGGUAAUGAUCAGGAGAAGCAGUUUGAUUUCUCUCGUUUGGACAACACAUCAUCAGGGUUCCAAUAUAAAUCUGAGCUGAAUGUUGCCAAUUCAGCAUGUCACCAAGCCUUCCUGUUGUAUCAGCAGGGAGAUAGUGGGUUAACCCAGCCUUCUGACUUUAGCCAAACAGACGUGCCAGUUGAUGGCUUUCAUACACAGAACUGCAACAAAGUUAAUGGCCUGGAGGAUUACCUGGACUGUGUACAGCAGCAUUCCGAGAUUCAGGAUUGUAGUGCUAUAAGCCCAUCAAUGGAUUUGAUUACACCACAGGCAUGUUACACAGGCGCCAUGUCAAUGAUUCCAUGUCUAACAGAGAGUGACUUGCCCUGUAUGGAUACAUUGCAAUUCAAGUCAACAAACCCGGGUGAACAGCCCUUUUUAGCCCAACAGAUCCAAACUGGAUGCAACAAUGGAAACAGUAAUGAAGUUUAUCCAAGUAUGUUCAAUAAUGUGAAUUACACACACACAGCUCCCCAGGCUCCACACGAUCAUCCAAGAGAACCUGGACCCUACUCAAAUCAAUCAUCCAAUGGCUUUAUCUAGGCAAGCGUGGAACUUUCUGUGACAAGAAGUGUGGGAGUGUUUUUGCGUUGCUUGCUGAAGGAACCAACAUAUGUAUGUAGAAUGUGAAUGGACGCAGCUUCUAAAUUGAGGAUUAAAAGGAGCAAGAGACUGUACUGUGCUGGAUUUUAUUACAGUCUCUCUGGUCUUCAAAUACCAUCAUGCUCUUUUAUAGCUGAGUCUGGUUCCCAUAUGUAUUUUGUUCCAGGAUUCAUAUGGGAAAUAUCAAGAUGUUCCUUCACAAUGAAUGAACUGUAUUGCAAUUGUGGUUGGAUCUAGUGUUGUAGGAUUCAGCACCAAAUGUAACUUAAAAUGAACGUACUUUUACAACAACUAUAGAAGCUGGUUAUUCCAGUAUGCUAAAAGUUUUUUUUUUAAGUUGUGUUCAUUAAUUUGCCAGAUGUACUUUUGCCAAAUGGAAAUGGUCCUUCCAAGACUGUGCGUGCGAGAUAAGAUUUGACAAUCAUUUACCCUUUUCACCUUCCUCCCCACAACUAUACACGUUAUGGCACUUUAAAAGCAGCAGUAACACAAGGAGAAUCUGCUGCCGAGAAAUUAAACUGUAAAAGAUAUUUUCUCUGGGACCUAACAGUAAAUAUAAAAAUAAAUUUGGUUAUAUUUAUUUUUCGUCUCAAAUUCAUACAAACCUAAAUAUUUGUAGCAGCCCCCAUACAUGGUGAUGACGUUGGAGUAGAAGUUCACAUCAUGAUGAAUUAUAACAUCUGACAACAUUUAUGAACUUUUUCAAAAUUUGUGGCCCACCAGUUAAUGUUAUAAUGGGAAUGCUGAAGAACCCUGUGCACUAUAGACAUUUUCCUUAAGACUAAAGAAACAGCAACUAUUUUCAGUGAGAAAAAGGAAUCCCACAGAUGCUGUACAAGUAGAAUACAGAAUGGGUUGCAAUAAAGUAACUUAAAUUGACAAGAUUGUGGUUAUUUAAAAUUAAUAUCUGUGAAGAACUUUAAAUCACAAACAGUUGGACCCUAGUUUGUACCCACCCUUUAAAGCAAAUCGGUAUGAAAUUUAUACUAAUUGUACAUUUUAGUUUGGAUUUUAAAUAUUUUUCUUCCAUACAAAUAGGAGUGUUCAAUUGUUCAAGACCGCAGCAAAUAUUUAACAUUAGAGAGCAAUCACUAAAUAUAGUGGGUAUCUUCAGGGACAUUUUCUCCCAUUUGUGUAAGUUGCACCAAUACACAAAUCUCAAAAAUGGAUACCUUAUUUUUCCCCUUGUAAGUACGUGUCUUAACAGUUACUGAUUUUUCCACAAAUGAUCUUGUGAAGGAAUUUACAAAUAUAAAUUAUCUUCCAAGAAUUGUGUUUUAGCAGUGAUGUCUCUUUAUCUAUUCUCCAAAAACAUCUGCCUGAUCCCAGGAACCAUGAUGUAGUCAGGUGUUUUUAAUUUAAAGAAACUAUGGUCUAUGCAGCAACCUUCUUUGUGUAAAUUGUUAGUUUUAGAUGUUGGCAUGCAGUGGGUUCUGACACAGGUGGCAUGCAUGCAACAUCUAGCAAGACAACAGUAUUGAGGAUUAUUGUGUGGGGUUUCCCAUUAUGAGUUGUACUUUUUCCCAGUAGUUAUGUAUAUGAGUACACGAGUACCACGCCUCAGUUAUUAUACCUUCCUCUUGUAGAUUGCACCCUUGUCAGGAGACAAAAACAUACUUAAAGUAAAAGCUCUUAUUGAUUCAGCGAGCAAUUACAAAGAACUACAAUACAAUUGUAUUUUAAUUAUUAGAUGCUAUCAUGUACAGUUUAAACAAAGAAAUGUACUCUUCAAAUGCAAUUACUUUAUCAGACAGGUUUUAGACUUAAAAACACAAGUAAUGGUGCACAAUGUAUGUUUUUCGAUAAUUACUAAUUUUGUACAUGUUUAAAUUUACAUGCUGUGCAUUAUGUAACAUUUUUUAAACUGUCCUUAUGAAGAUAAUUUUAUUAAGAUGCAUUUAUUACAUUUUGUAAAUUUUCUAAUUGCAUAUGCAAAAACCAAAGGACAGUGAUAUGCAAAGCUAAUGGUGUUGAUUUUUUUAAUAUUCAUCCAUUCCAUCUCUCACCUUUUUGAGGGAUAAUUUGUGAUGGAUGUUACCUAACAGGAGACCCUUCAGCCUGGAAUCCAUCAUGCAAAAAGCAAACUACUAUUGAACACACAAUUUGAAAAUAUUACUCCGACACAAAAUCAAUCGGAUGUAACUUUUCCACCUCUCUCCUUAAAGAUUGCACUAGUCGAAUGCACACAUGUUUUGUAACAUGCUCAGAAGAUUAUGACUAUAUAUAUUUAACAAGUUUCCUUUAAUAUUGCAUUAUGUAUCCCAGGAAAGCAAUAUGUUAAAUAACAACAUUACACUUCUACUAAUCUUUAAUAAUUUCACAGUUCUAUGUCUGGAACCCCACUGAGCACCCAUGUAGUAAAACGUUAGUUUCCAAACCCAAAUUAAUACUACUAGGUUUAUUACAUUAAUGAUACCUGCCAAGCUUUAACUUCUUUAGUUAUGAACAAAAAUAAAAAUUCCCAAAGAUUUGUGUCACCUGAAACUUGUAAAUGCUUUCAAAUUAUUAAAGGAAAUAAACAGCAAUAGUUCCAAUUCAAAAGUCUGUAGAGAUGACAUCUGUGACCUGACUCCACACAUUUAAUCUGAGUGAAGGCAGUUCCCUACUCACAAAAUUGCACUGGCAUGUUUGAUGUCCACAUGAAACUUAACUGUUAAAUCAUUCUUUAAAGAUGGAUUUUGCGGGGAAAAAAAGGUUGUUCAGGAUAUUACCGAGUUUAGUUUCCAGAAUUAAAGCAUAUAAAAUCUAUUCUUAUCAUCCUUGGUCAACAUCUCUCAAUUUAUUCCCUUCCUCAAUCAUUUAAUCUAGUAAAAUCUUUGUUUCCUAUAUGUAUGCUGCCGACCUCUUCAUAUUGCCAUAACUUUGAUUGCUUGUAAUACCGUUCGGUACAAUUCCUAUAAAUAAUGCCAACAUUUCUAGGUCCACUUACUUCCCCUUAAUUAUUAGACUUGCCCAUCACCAUUUUUCCAGUCCACUAGAAUUGGACUGGACUGUAAUGGGACUGAAACUUUUAAUUCACAUGUUGGUUCCAAUUUCCUUCAUUAUUGUGUUAAAUGCUUUGAGAUCCAAUAGCAUGAUCAGCCUUCCUAGUGCCUUAAUUCUAUUUAAGUUUGUUUCGAUUCAGAUUAAGUCAGAUGCAAUUAUAUUUGGCAUCUUUAUACCUCUUUGACAUUUUGCUUACCAUGAUUGAGAUCUAGACUAAAUAUUUGCAAAUAAUGGAGAUUUGAAAUCUAUGAACAAUUCUUUGGAGAAAGUGGCUUAGUUGAUUACUGUAGGACAGGAGAUAAAGUAACCUUUUUCUGUCAUUUGCCAUGUCUGAUACCAGACUAGCCCUGACUGCAUAUAAAGGGAACAACAUUUCUAUCAACACUAACAUUCAUGAGUCAAAACCUUGAUUGGAGAGAUUAGAUUUAAGCAGACUUUUUUGAUCUGAAAACUGCCAGCCUGAAGCAUCAAAUGCAUUGUGGAAUUGAAAUGCAAAAUCAAUUUUCAUUGCAAGUCCGAAAUAAGUUUUUUUUUUAAUGUUUGUGAACAUAAUGAAUAGUAGCUGGGUCUACAAACACUGUAUUAAGGGUAUAAAGGGACAGCAUCAUUAUUGUACACAAGUACUGUUUGUGAAGUACAGCUGUAUCAUAUUAUAGUCUAUUAAGCCAAAUACAAACCACCAUCCUGUUACUAAGUGCCAAAUAUCCAGUACAACUUGUGUACUGUCUUAUCAGCAUUUUCAUUUGUUGUACUACACACAUAUCUGCUUAUUAGUGUUUUGCCUGAUACUUUCUACAGCAGCUUGCCUUGGUAGUAUAUAAUGAAAUGGUGUAUGCAGGACUAUGAUGACUGCAGUAGCACAGUGAAGAUUUGGAACUAGUUCGAAUUCUGCUCUCUGCCCUCCUUUUUUUGUUAAAGUGGUGUUUAAACAGUAUUACUAUAAAUGUUUCUUGUAUAUUUUUUGACUUGUUUCUAUUUGUUUUGCUCACAAAUUGCUAUGUCCACACACACUGUACAUGUUUCCCUUAAAAUAUGGUCUUCAGUGAAGUUUGUAAAACUUCAGUAUUGUAAUUAAAAAAAAUACUGAAUGUG